UCUCCCAGUCUCCCGGUCACCCCCUGACUCUGAGCUGUGCGUUGUCAACCUCUGGAGAAUUGCGGUCCCAGCCGCAACCCCUGUUACGCACCUGCUCAGGAGCUGAAUUGGCACAACGUCACGCGCCGUAUUAUUAUAUAAGCCUUGCCAGACCCACCUGGUCUCUCUGCGGGAGACUGCGCACCGAGUCGUUCUUCCUUCGCGGCCCCGGCAGACCAGCGCACGCGACAAGGCCGAGGGUCACAGUCCAGUCAGCAGUAAACCAUGGCUCCCUCUAAGCCAGCAUCCACGGCCGCGAGGCAGCGUAAGGCGGAAUUGGGGUUUAGCGCUGACACACGGUCGGCAGCCGCUGCGGGUACUCGGCCCGCAGACCCCGGCCCCAGAAGCGCCAGGCAAACCCCAGCUCAUGCUCCUCGCCACGUGGCCGCGAGUAGGAAGCCCAUGACGGUUGCAAGCUGGAUGAAACUUCAGCUCUUUCGACUGCACGUGCAUAUGGGCGGCCCGAUCUGGACGACGGGCGAGAACGUGGUCAUGUACCUGCUGCUGGUGCUGGUGCUGGCGCUCAUCGGCCUCGGCGCCUACAAGCAGCUCUGCAAGCUGGCAAAGCUGGUGGCGAUGAAGCUCGGCGGCGCCGGGAACUAUUGAUGUAAACACUGCCACAGAACUGCGCACUGGUGUGGUGGAUUCAGGUGGGUGUGAUGGAUCAAGCUAAGGGGCAUUGCGCUUGGGCGUUACUGCGGCAGGCAGGACGGGUGGGUGUGUGGGUAGAAUUUGGGUAUGA